AUGGCCGAUCGUGAUGAUGAAACCCCCUUUGAUCCAGCCAGCUUCGGCUCCUGGAAUUGGAUGCCACCCAUAAGUCCAGGCCCAGCUGAGCAACUACCGUAUCCGACGCCGAAUUCCUUCUCGCCGUCUUUUCAGGCUCCCAAUGCGCCCGCCUCUUACCCACAGCCUUACCCAUCCGCAGCAUCGUCAUCGUCAUCGGCGCCGGGGUCCGCCUUCAGACCUGUGCCCAAGGUGGCCAUUCCGCGCCUGGCGGGACCCGAGACGGGUUUUGGCGGGCGCCGCCGCUCCGCUCGAGCUUGUGAGCCUUGUCGCCAGCGAAAGAUUAAAUGCGAUGGGCUCAGGCCAAUCUGUGGCCAGUGUGUCUAUCACAAUCACCGGUGUUUGUACGAGGAUGUCAAGCGCGUCCGCGACCAGAAGCGCUUAGGCACCUUGGCGAAACGCGUCGAGGCCUACGAAUCCCUUUUACGAGAACUGGAGGGAGAGGUUGAUUUGCCCACCGCGCGACAGAUCAGGAAAGUAUUGCAGACCAAAAACGCCGUUUCGGAUCAAACCCACGAUGCCUCCGAUGAUUCAUCUACCUCCUUGGGUUCGCUCAACGCGAUCGACCAGGUCGACGAGGACCUCAAUCGAAGUGAGAGCAGCCGCGCUGCGGGCUUCUUCGGGAAGAAUUCCGAGGUCAAUUGGAUUCGCAAGAUGGAAAGCGGAGUGAGGAUGACCAGUCCGCCAGAUACUUAUGGUAAGUCUGGUAGUCCUGCGAAUUCGAUGAAUCCCUUCCAUCCGGACAGCCAGACUUCGGGUCUGCAACAGAGGCUUGAACCUGCACUUCCUACCUCUAUGAUGGAUUACCACCUCGACAAUAUUGAUAUCCCGUUUCUCGAAUCCUGUGAUCCUUACGCCUUGCCUCCACGAGAAGUGGCUGAUCGCUAUUUCGACGCAUACUUGACAUAUGUUCAUCCGACCUUUGGUGUAAUUAGAAAGUCCAACUUCCUUGCCCAGUAUCUGAGGUUCUUUGAAAAUCUCUCCACAACACCGUGGCCGCGCAAGUGGCUCGCCAUCUUGAACAUGAUAUUUGCUAUUGGAUGUCGACAUUGUCGGCUUAUGGAAAAUGAACACUCCGUGAGCGAGGAGGAUCUGGUUUUCCUAAGCAGAGCACGGCUCCUAGGCUUCGACGUUGGCGCUCUGUUCGAGCACAGCGAUCUACAGCAAAUCCAGCUUGAGGCUUUGAUGUCAAUAUACCUCCUCUGCCUAGGACAGGUCAACAGGGCAUCCAAAUUCUCCAGCAUGGCUCUCCGCUCGGCGCUAUCACUCGGUAUCAAUCUCCGUCUCACAGACACUCAAACACCAGCAGCCUCGAAAGAAGCCCGCGGCCGUCUCUGGUGGUCCAUCUACUCCCUGGAGCACUUGAUCACAUCGGUUACCGGCCGCGCCUCGGGUGUAACGGAAAACAUGUGCUCCGUACCAGCCCCAUUCCCUUGCGAGGAAGACACCUUCGACCAUCCAGAGGCAAAGCGUCUUCUCCAAGACCCAGUCUUGCGCGAAGCACACCUCCGUCCAACCCUCUUCGAAUCAGCCAGCCAAGCCCACCCCCAGCCAUGGACAACCGCUUGUCCACCAUGUCCAUCCCUCUACCUCCACUACAGCAUCGACUUAGUCCUCAUCACCCAAGCCCUCAUGAACAAAGUCUACAGCAUCGAAGGCAUCCGCCGAGGUCCCUCCAAAAUCGAAUAUCACGUCCAAAAGUUCGGCCUGAAAAUGGAUCGCUGGCUCGAGAAAUUAUCCCCAGCAUAUCAAUUCACCCUCCCAGAGGCCGGCCCCUGGCACCUCAACCACUCCCAACUAGACGACCUCGCCGCCCCCUUCGUCCGCGAACGAGUCUGUCUAGCAAUGAAAUACUUUUCCGCCCGAAUCUCCCUCUGCAGACCUUGUCUCAGCCACAUCCACCAAAACACCAACACAAACACCAAUUCCAAUAUCAACACCAACACCCAAACCCGCACCCGCUCCUCCACAAACACUCGCUCCUCCACUUCCCCAGCCCCCAACAACCCCCAAACACCAGAGCAAUCCCCCCGCACCAAACUCCGCAUGAAAAUGGCCACAGAAUGCCUCCAAGCCUCCUGCGCCCUCAUCUCCAUCCUACCCGACACCCCCCAACCUCCCCUGGCUGGCGCGCACCGCGCCCUGGUGGAGUGUCUCUCCUACCGCUCCUACAACCCCACCUCGCAGUCCUUCACAGCCUCAACCUCAGCCUCGAUAUCGACGCCGUCCGACCCGCUCACCCCCGCCACGCCCGCAUCCACGGGCACGGUCUUCCCGCCUCUUCUGGACUCUGAUCUCGGGACGGCUAUUGCAUCGGCUAGGAAGGCUAUGUUUUGGAUUCAUACCACGGCGCAGGUGGAUCUGGCGUCUAGGAAGGCGUUUUUGCUUUGUGAGAGUGUUGUCAGAAGGGUGGCGCCUGGGUUGGGGCUUGAUUUGAGGGAUUGGCCGGAUGGGAGUGCGUUUUUGGUUGAUUUUAGGGAUGGGAAUGGCAAUGGCAAUGGCAAUGGCAAUGGCAAUGGGGAUGGGAGUGGGAGUGGGAGUGGGAUGGAGUCUUUUGAGGAGUUGAUUGAUUUUGAGGGCGGUGUUUUCUAG